AUGCCAAUGGCAAUAGGCCUACUAAAUUUAAUGAAUAAUGACAUGUGAUAACCCAACAUUGCUGCUUGCAACAAGAGUAGUACCGGCACUAAGUUACGCUCAAGCCAAGGGGUCGUUGUCGUAUCAGGGUUAUCAGAGCAAUGGGGUCGCAAGGUGAAUGGGGAAGUGGUGCUGGCAAAGGAGGAGGAGCGGGUGGCUCAAUAAGAGAGUCUGGAGGAGCCUUUGGGAAGAUGGAAGCAGCCCGAGAAGAGGAAUAUUUUAGAAAGCUGCAAAGCAAGCAGCUGAAGGAAUUGAAUGAUUUGCACCAAGACGAGAUUGGAUUUCUCAAGGAACAGAUCAGAGAGCACGAAAAGCAAAUUCAUAGGCAUAAGGAGAAGCUGAACAACUUAAAGAAGAUGCAGGAUAAUGCUAAGGAGUUAGAUUAGGUUGCAAGCUGAUGUUAAUGCUGGUCUACAGGCCUAGAUGUAGUCGUGUAAUUCAGUUUUAUAUGAUGUGAACAUUAUUGAUAAUGUUUUUGAAACAAAUCCUGCUCUACAACUUCUUAAAAGAAAUGGUAAAUAAUACAUGAAUGUGUGAUCUGUUGGUAGAGGUAGGCCUGUUGCCUUCUCUCCUCAGCAAUCAUAAAUUGUCUAUCUGCUAGGUGACUUAAUGUAACACCAGCCAGGUCAACACGACCUUACAUCACACCUUACUUGUGGAUCAGGUUUUAGUUAUCAACUUGUAAGGUUUGUAGGUUAUAUUAAAGAUGUUGCUGUUGUGUUAAAAUCAAAA